AUGUCACGCAGGCCGCCGGCAAAAGGCGGAGCGCUGGCGACGAAGCGGUCUUUGAUCUUGAAGGAGCCUCCGAAGCCAAGCAAGCGUCUGGCAGAGGUCGCCGGCGGGAAGGCGGCGGAAUGUGCGGCUGUGGUGUGUUGUUGUCCAUGUAGCCUUGUCAAUCUCCUCAUACUCACCGUUGUAAAGCUUCCGGCGGGGCUGUUUCGCCGGGCAAUGAGGAGGAGGAAGAUGAAGAGGAAGAGGAAGAAGAAGGCCGGCCUGCUUGGCGUGAACAAUAAACCCAAAGCUUCCGUCCAGGAAGAUAAACCCGCCUCCUCCCCGGCUCCCACGGAACCACCCAUGCCUUGGCCGGCGAAGUCGCCGUCGGCGGAAGUAUCGGAGAUGGAGAAGAAAAUGUGGCCGGAGUUCUUCGGCACGGGAUUCUGGCGCAGCCCCUCGCAAAGAGAGUUAUCCGUAAUAAAUAAUCAAUAA